AAUUUCGGUGAGUAUCCUCCAAUGUUUGGUAUUUUCUGUUCAAGAUUUGCUUUGAAUAAGCGUCUUUCCCUGUUGCUCUCAAAUGCCCAACUGGGUGUUCUUUCUUUUUACUCAUCAUUCGUAAUCAGAUCCUUUUCGUCUUCCACAUCUUCUAAUUUGAAUGAGCAUUCAUUUGUAGUCUCAUAUCUCAUAAAUUCAUGUGGAUUAACCCUAAAAUCUGCUCAAUCUAUCUCUAAGAGGAUAUGGUUUGAAACCACUGAAAAACCAGACUCUGUGCUUAGGCUUCUCAGCGAACAUGGAUUCACCAAUUACCAAAUCCGCAAAAUUGUUGAGUGUCGCCCACGGGUGCUGUUAUCUCAACCAGAAAAGACGCUCUUGCCCAAAUUUGAGUUUCUGCGAUCUAUAGGGGUUUCAAGAUUGGGAAUUUCUAUAAUUGCUUCUAGGAAUCCAAAUUUAUUGACUCGAAGUAUAAAGCAACAUAUGAUCCCACUUUAUGAGAUCCUUAAAAGUGUACUUGUUUCUGAUAAGAAAGUAGUUACGGCCCUGAAACGCAUGAGACGAAAUUUUUGGCUGUACAGCCUUUCGAAAAAUUUAUCACUCUUGAGAGGGCUUGGAGUCUCUCAGUCUUCCAUCUCUUACUUGCUCAUCCAAAGUCCCUCACUAAUGUGCCAAGAAGUGGGCAAGUUUGCUGAAGGGGUUAAAAAGGUUAUGAAACUAGGAUUUGACCCUUCAAAAUUUAUAUUUGUUGAGGCAGUUCUUGUCUUUCAUACGAUGACGAAGAAAACAUGGGAACGCAAAAUAGAGGUCUAUAGGAGGUUGGGUUGGUCUGAAGAUGAGAUUUGGUUGAUUUUCAGAAAGCGUCCCAAAUGCAUGAGCUUGUCUGAGAAGAAUGUGAUGGGUACAAUGGAUUUUCUUGUGGGGAAGAUGGGUUGGCAGCCUGCCGCUGUUGCUAGACUUCCAAUUGUGCUUUGUUAUAGUCUGGAGAGGAGGAUUAUGCCAAGAUGUUCAGUUAUAAGAGUUUUGCUUUUAAAGGGUUUGAUUAAGGCUGAUGUGUGUUUACACUCAGUGUUGAAACUUUCUGAAGAGCUCUUCUUGGAAAGGUUUGUGAUCAAGUAUCAAGUUCAUGUGCCUCAAUUGUUGGAUAUCUAUCAACGGAAAAUGGGUCUUGCAGAACUUGGGUUUGGCUUUGAUGAUAAAUUUAAGAUUUGAAGUGCUCAUCAUUUUCCCCCUUUUUUUUUUUUUUUUUUAAUUCUGUCUUGCUAACUUGAGGUAAAGUAGUGCAUUUGAUUACUUGUUUCUUGUAAACCAAAUAUUUUGUUUAAGUGUUGAAUGCUUUAUAAAUGUGUAAAGAGGAUUAAUGAAGUGGCAUAAUCUUCUUGACA